GGGUGGCUCAGGCCAGGGACGUGUUGCAGUCCCGUGUCCUGACCAUCCCCAGCGCCUGCUCCAGGGCUCUGGGCACAGACCCUGCGGGGCUGCCCCUGCUCUGGGUGCUGCGGAUCGUCAGGACGUUACAGCCCUGAGCGCUGGUCUCGGCUUUAGCCUUUUUCUCUGAUCUUUAACAUACAAGAAGAAGGGCAGGAGCAGCGUGGUUUGUGGCUGGCCUUCGUCCUGGGGCACUUGUAUCCGCUGAGCGAGUGACCCGCCGCUUCCUCCCUCCCCUGGUUUUAUGGCGGUGAGGUGAAUUUUUGAAGUUUGCCACCUAAAGCAAAGUUCAUGAGCGUUUGGUUUGGAGCAGGCUGGACGCAGGCCAGGAGUGGGGAGCGCGGUGCUGAAGGCCUCCCCCUCCCUCCCGCACGCCGGAUUUUGGAGCAGGCGUCGUGCCGGCAGUGCCAGCAACUGGGUUAAAAAGUUACCCCGUGUAAUCCCUGCCUCUCAGGGCGAAGGCUGAUUGCUGAGGGAGGCAGGGAGCUGGAAAAAUCCUCCCUGGGUUUCAGCACUGCACAAUGGCUCAGGUGGCUCCUGGGUCUGGGGAGGAGGGGAGGAAGGGGAGGACGCUCCUGUCCUGCCCGCAGCCUGGGGCUGAGGCGGUGCCCUCCCGCAUGGCUCCCUGCUGCGGGGCCGGGGCCGGGGCAGCCUGUCCGCGCUGCCAGCGUGGCAGCUCUGCUUCUCAGGCUUCUCCUUCUGCCAGGGAGGAUUUGCCUCUGCUGCGUGUACCCGCCGCUGCCUGUGCCGCUUGCGGGGCACCCUGCUCUGUCCAAGGCAGACGGUACCGCCGGGCAGGCUGUGAACCCCGCUCCAUCCGAGGGAGACAGUGGGUACCACCGGGCAGGCUGUGAACCCCGCUCCAUCCAAGCGAGACAGUCGGUACCGCUGGGCAGGCUGUGAACCCCGCUCCAUCCAAGCGAGACAGUCGGUACCGCUGGGCAGGCUGUGAACCCCGCUCCAUCCAAGCGAGACAGUCGGUACCGCUGGGCAGGCUGUGAACCCCGCUCCAUCCGAGGGAGACGGUCGGUACCGCUGGGCAGGCCACGCGGGUGUCUGGCUGAGGAUCGCACCGCUCUGCUGCGCUGGGCAUCAGGACCUGGCGCUUGUUUGCUGCGCUCCGCUCUGCGUGCGAGAGGGCUGAUGACCGCUUCUGUCUGCCUCCACACCAGACAAAACUGUUGGGGCCACUCUGUCCUUCUGAGCGCAGAAACACAAAAACAUGAACAAUUGGGGUUCUUCCAGUGAUUUCUGAUGGGGGCUGUUACGGGUUAAGUUACCUUUCUUGUUAGCUAGCACAAGAUGAAGAGACAGCUGUUGCAUGCAGCAUUUCUUGGAUUAUUUUUGGUCCUACAGUUGCCACUGUCUUCGAACAAGUUUGUCUCAGGUGCAAGUUUAGCAGUGCUUCUCGCUACCAUAAAAUGCUUUGCAACCUCGCCUUGCCCAAAGAAUUGCUUUUUCUAACUAGGUCUCUGCAUCCCUGUUCUUCCUGGCCACUCGUAUCUUCAGCCACGUCUUCUGUUAAAGAAGUGGAGGAUGCAGGUGUUAGUGGAAAACUGCUGCGGAAGCAAGCGUAGCUGUGCAUUAGUAACAACGUCAGGAGACUGAUUCUUAAUCUUGGGAUCUGCUGUUGCUGUCUGUCCCCCGACCUUGGAGGUUUGCUGGUGUUUGGGAAAGGGCUGAAUUGCUGGCAGUCAGGGUUUUUUAAUAUGCAGUUAUAACAGGCUUCAGGGGGAGAAUCAGAAGUGCAAGAGAAAUCUGAUCACUGCUCCAAGGUGAGGAAGAGGAAGGGAGUGUGAUAACAGAGCAUCUGUGCGCAGGCUGGGGCUGGGAACCCGAGGGGGUUGUAUCUGGAGUGGUUCUGCGGGUGGGAUCGCGGAGCUGAGCUCCUGCUGGCAGCUCGCUGCUCUGCCGGCACAGCCUUGCUCAUGGGUUUCCCAGCUGAGAAGCAAAAGUAAGUAGGUCAGGAACAUGCACCUGGAUAAAUCCACCUGCAGAACUGCCUCACGCACAGUAAAAGGAGCAUUAUGCUGCAGUCCUGUGUUUGUCUUCCUUGUCUGUAAAGGACUAAACCUGGCAGCACACCCCACACCAGCGCAGCUUUCCAGCGCUCGCGUAGCUUUCUUGCAUCGUGCUCUAUGGGUUGUACUAGAAAGCUGUUAUUUCUAGAAGCUUUACAAGUCUGAAGUCCAUGCGUUUUUUUAUUUGCAUUUGAGAAGUAAAACCAGCCCACGGGGCAGCGCUUGGACAGCGCGAAACAUGGAAGGCAGAGCGCGGCGGCGGCGGCGGCGGCUGCCGCCCCUCGGGAGCAGGUCAGUUUCUCAGCAGCAGUAACAAGGCUGUCUAAGGGCUAGUGUUUGGCUCUCGCAUCCCGUGAGCGUGUGGCUGAUGUAGAGGAGCUCGCAUGCACCUGUUUGGCAGCUGGGCCUCCUUUUGCCUUCUGCCUCUAGCGUGAUGAGACUGGGACGGGUGGUUACUGGGCAUUUUCGUGACAAUUCGGCGCAGAGGCACUUACACGGGUGACAGACCUUCCUUCUUCAGGUGCAAAAGUAGAUCUGUACUCGCAGAAGCAAGCUCUGUUCUCAACCUGGCGCGGUGCUCACCAGCCGCUUGACAGGUGCCGAGGAUUAACAGCACGUGUUUUGAAACAGUGUCUCCUUAGUUUGCCAUUCUCUUUCACGUUAAAGGGAAAAGCUCUACUGCAACCUGUUGAUGAAGCUGCAGACUCAGAGUUUAAUGUAGUUACUGUCUAACGACAGAAGACCGCAGGAUGGUGACUGUUGCCGAGCGAGCCUCGUGUUGCGCUGGUCCCUCUGCACACGGAGUCUAAUGGGAGAGGUCAUUGACGUGGGCUCUCGCUGUCUCAGUAGCUUUCUGAAACUAAGGUAUGUGCCAGAGUAAAACACAUGGAUUUGGAGAAUCAUCGACUGAUUCUCAGUGUCCGUUUGAAAUGUGAUUCCUUCAUCCAGUGCUUUUCCCUUCAGAUUUGGGGAACACGCUCUUCCUAACGUAGUUGAUGUUUUUGUUGGUGCUGCUCUUUGCACUUUGCCUUAGCUCCCAGUCUUUGCUCCCGGUCUCUGUGUUGUUUGAAUUGCAUUCUGUAGCAGGGUCAUCCAGCCAGCUAGUUUUGGGACUAAGUUUCCAAAGUUUUGGCCAGAUAGAAAGUUUACAAAUGGGCUUCCAUGUAGUUCCCAGGUGUAGAGAGCACAGUGUGGGUAGCCCGGGGUGCCAAAUGCAAAGUACGAGGCAUUUCCGUGGCCUGUCGGUGCCUGAGCCGGCAGCUGUGGGACCGUGGGUGCCCUCGGGCACAGCUGCAGUGCCCGUGUCCCACUAUCAAUACAAAUACAGAAAAGCCACAAACUUCUCAGCAGGCUGGAAUGCGGCCUGGGUUGUUUAGGUCUAUCCAGCCAGAGUUGAGUGUGGAUGCGCAAGAGCCAGGAGUGAAUAAUUUCCCCGCUUGCUGCCCGUGAUCAUUGGUGCCGCAGGUUGAUGUGCCUUGUCGAGCUGCCACUCAGCGCCAGUCAGCCCUGUGUGGGGAGGCUGCUGGGACAAACACAGCGCUUGUACCUCUGCCCACAGGUGGGUUAUAACCAACUGGAGUUUAAUGACAGCGGGAGAGCAGCUCUGAUGUUUCACUGUGGGCCCUCAUGAAAAGAAGCGCUUGUUGCAGCUGGAGCGCUGACAGUUUGGGGAAGCGGUGGUUUCCCGGCUGUCCUGCACCUCCCGGACGGGCUGUCCUGCAGAAACAUUUCCCCUGGGGCCACCUCUGGAGCUCAUGUUGUGUUCAUUUCGUCCAUUUAUUUACAUUCAUUAAACUAUUAAUUUUGUUUAAUUUAUUAUACAGCUAAAAUGUAAUUUGCAUUAGCUAUACUGACACCAGCCCUGUCCUUCCUCUGUACAUGUGUGUUGGCCCUGAGCGAGUGAUUGCGUGAGCUCCGUGCUCCAGGCUUUGUUCUAGCUUUGGGAUGUCUGUGCUAGGGCUGUGGCACGUGUUUGUGUUUGCUCGGUGUGGGAAGGGCCCUCGCUGUGCGUGAAGCUGUGCUGAGCGCUCAGACUUGCUCGGGCUGCCCCGGGUUGGGGGGUUGUCAGGUUUCCUGAGCAGACACAAAAGCUUUCCCAGAUGAGUCCAGGGCUGGUUGGGUCGGGCCGCAGCUCUCGCACAUCACAUGGUGAGUUUGAAAGAUGCAGCUCUUGUCAUGUGUCCCAGGGAAGCAGUCGGCGCAGGUCGCCUGUUGGUGUGGCCGGGAAGGCGAGGGGCAGGCGGCAGCGCAGCCUCACCGGGACACGUAGGACACGCUGCGGCCUCCCCGGGGCCCCUGGUGCUUGCAGAGACCUCCAGCUCCAAAAUCCCUGCUUCAGGCUGAGAUUUCCUAAACGCUUGGCGAGAGAGUGGUGUUAGGGGGCUGUGUGUGCGCUUUUGUGGUUGGUGUUUGAUACGACAGGGCAGACAGGACAGAACAUUUGUCUGGGAACUACUCCCUGGUUCACUGCCGGGGUGUUUUGUGCUCGCCUGCUUGGUAUGGAUGGCUGUGCCCGGGCCCGGCGUGCCAUAGUAACUGCCCUCGCCUUGUAAUUCAAUGCAUCUCCCUUGCGCGCAGGUUUGGCAGCGCGAGCGCUCCAGCAGCCGUCCCAGGCUGCACCGCUGCAGCACUCGAGAUUGGGCUAUUUAUAACCGCGAUCGGGCCGGCAUCCCUCUGCGAACGCGCCCGAGGAACCUGUUAGAUACACGUCUGCUUCUGUUCUGGCGCGGCGGGGAGAGCAGAUCUUCAGCUGCCGGGAGCCGCUUUUGGGCUUGGCGAUGUGACGGUGGCGUGAGCGUGGUGGCUGGGGACAGGGCGUGCGGGGAGCGGAGGUCGCUUUGCAGCACUUUGGGAGAACCGCUGGGAGCCCGGCGUCCGAUUCCGGCGGCACGUGGGACGUGAGCCGCGGGCGCGCAGGGCAGCACAGUCAGCUGCCGGCCCGCUGCCCCCGCUGCCCCGGGGCCGAGUGGGGAUUUUCUCUGGAGAAGGCGGCUGCGGUGCGGGAAGGGGAGCAGGUCCCAGCUGGGGAGAGCGAGGCUGCUGUGUGGGAGUCUGCCUUGUGUGGCCUUCUAUAUAUGUGCGCAAACAAGAGCUUUGCAAACAAAACUGACUUUUCUAACCCGAUGCCGUACGAGCCAGGCUGCCUGUGACCAUGGGGAACGGCCUUUUUGCAAACUGCUGCAGACAUGUCACCGAUCUCAUCUUCCAGACGCGCAGCUCUGACUCUCCCGAUGAGAGGUCACCGCUCCUGCCAAAGCCUCCCACGAGCUGCACCGUGUGCCCGGAGCUGCCUGAAGCUGCCCAGCAUGCUGGGCCGUACCCAGACGUCGUUCCCAGCGAGGCGGUGGCUGGAGGCCUGCAGAAACGCUCGGAACGCGUCCAGGACCUGUCUGAGGCCCAGGGCGCUGAGGGGCUGGUGACGGCGUGUGCACAGAGCUGUUUGCGGCCGGCAGAGGCAUCCCGCGCGGCGACCGUCCUUCCCACCGACCUUGGGGCCGGGCUGGCGGGGCUGCUCGAUCAUGCUCAGUCGCUUGGGGCUCGCCAGAGCUGCGUGAAACUUGAGGACAGCGGCUCAGCCCACAGAUCCUGCCGCCGGCAGGAGCACGUGGCGGCAGCUGACGGGGAGGAUGUGGCCCCUGGAGCACAUCCCGCCGGCCAGGGCCACGGCAAGGGACAACCCGCUUUGUGUUUAGGUGCAGUCUUAGCAAAUCCAGACAGCGGGCUGAAAUGUAGAGGCGCUGCUCCCUCCCCAGGGAGCCCUGGGACCCCCUCCUCAGCUCCGCCAGCGAGCGCAGGGAGAGCCCCGCUGGCCCAAAAGGCAGCUGUGCCGCCGUUCUGCCCCGGCGAGGUGUCGCCUGCGGCUCGGGACGCAGGUUGUGGUUCUGCAGGGACGGACCGUGCUCCCUGCGCCGGCGGCAGGUCCAGCCGUGCUCCCGACUCUCAGGCGCAGGCGCUGCUGUCAAAGCAGCAGCAGCAGAAGAAGAGGAGGAAGAAAAAGAAGCUCACGCUUGCAGAGCACCCGUCUGGCGUGGCGCUGAUGAACGGCAGCGGCCCGCACGACAGCCUCAAGGGCGAGAAGGAGCCCAGGCAGAAUGGCCACGAGGAGCCUGAGCCAGGAGAAGACGGGAACGACCAGGAGGUCAUUGUCAUACAGGACACAGGAUUUACCGUCAAGAUCUGUGCUCCGGGGAUAGAGCCCUUUUCCCUGCAGGUCUCUCCUCAGGAGAUGGUGCAAGAGAUCCACCAGGUUUUGAUGGACCGUGAGGAUACCUGCCAUCGGACCUGCUUCUCCCUGCAGCUGGAUGGCAACGUCCUCGAUAACUUUGCUGAGCUGAAAACGAUUGAAGGGCUGCAGGAGGGCUCACUGCUGAAAGUGGUGGAAGAGCCAUACACAGUGCGAGAAGCCAGGAUACACGUGCGUCACAUUCGGGACCUUCUGAAGAGUCUUGACCCAUCAGAUGCUUUCAAUGGUGUGGACUGUAAUUCCCUGUCCUUCCUGAGUGUCUUCACCGAAGGAGACCUGGGAGACAGUGGAAAACGGAAGAAGAAAGGUACUGAAAUGGAGCAAAUUGACUGCACCCCUCCUGAACAUAUCCUGCCAGGUAGCAAAGAGAGACCCCUGUGUGCCCUUCAGCCCCAGAACAGAGACUGGAAGCCUUUGCAGUGCCUAAAGGUAUUGACAAUGAGUGGCUGGAACCCUCCACCGGGUAACCGGAAAAUGCACGGAGACCUCAUGUAUUUGUACGUCAUCACGGUGGAGGAUCGGCACGUCAGUAUCACCGCAUCCACUCGAGGAUUUUACUUGAAUCAGUCUACUGCCUACAACUUCAACCCCAAACCUGCAAACCCCAGUCUUCUCAGUCAUUCCUUGGUGGAACUGCUUAACCAGAUCAGCCCUACCUUCAAAAAAAACUUCUCCGCUCUGCAGAAGAAACGGGUUCAGAGACACCCUUUUGAAAGGAUAGCCACUCCUUUCCAAGUGUACAGCUGGACGGCUCCACAGGUGGAACACGCCAUGGACUGCGUUCGGGCAGAAGACGCGUACACUUCUAGACUGGGCUAUGAGGAGCACAUACCUGGACAGACCAGAGACUGGAAUGAGGAGCUGCAGACCACGCGGGAGCUGCCGCGCAAGAACCUGCCCGAGAGGCUGCUGCGAGAGCGAGCCAUUUUCAAGGUGCACAGUGACUUCACUGCGGCAGCAACCAGAGGUGCCAUGGCUGUCAUUGAUGGCAACGUCAUGGCCAUCAACCCCAGCGAAGAGACCAAGAUGCAGAUGUUCAUCUGGAACAACAUCUUCUUCAGCCUGGGCUUUGACGUCCGUGACCACUACAAGGACUUUGGUGGAGAUGUUGCUGCUUAUGUAGCUCCUACCAACGAUCUCAACGGUGUGCGGACCUACAAUGCAGUGGAUGUAGAAGGGCUGUACACGCUGGGGACCGUGGUGGUGGAUUACAGAGGUUACAGGGUGACAGCUCAGUCUAUUAUUCCUGGCAUCUUGGAACGGGAGCAGGAACAGAGCGUUAUCUAUGGGUCAAUAGACUUUGGCAAGACAGUUGUCUCGCACCCUAAGUACCUGGAGCUGCUGGAGAAGACCAGCAGGCCGCUCAAGAUCCAGAAGCAUAAAGUCCUCAACGACAAGAACGAGGAGGUGGAGCUGUGCUCCUCAGUGGAGUGCAAAGGCAUUAUUGGCAACGACGGGCGUCACUACAUCUUGGACCUGCUCCGCACGUUCCCUCCAGAUCUAAACUUCCUGCCUGUUGACGGGGAGGAGAUGCCAGAGGAAUGUAAGAAAAUGGGGUUCCCCAAGCAGCACAGACACAAGCUUUGCUGCCUCCGGCAAGAGCUUGUUGAUGCCUUUGUAGAACACAGGUAUCUCUUAUUCAUGAAGCUGGCCGCACUGCAGCUGAUGCAGCAGAAAGCCAACAAGCAGGAGAGCUCAGGUGUGCUGGAAAAUGGUUCCUCUCCGGAGAACGGUACUGCAGACAGCAAGAAAUCCGAGUCAGAGGAUGGUAAAAUUGAUGAUAACGUGACUGGACUUGAUCAGGUGAAGGAGCUGGCUGAGACCAUUGCAUCUGAUGAUGGAGCAGUGGAUCCCAAAAGCAGAGAAGUGAUUCGGAACGCUUGCAAGGCUGUAGGCUCCAUUAGUGACACAUCAUUUGACAUUCGGUUUAACCCAGAUAUUUUCUCACCAGGCGUUCGCUUUCCCGAGUCCAGCAAAGAGGAGGUGCAGGAUCAGAAGCAGCUGCUGAAGGAUGCGGCCGCGUUCCUGCUGUCGUGCCAGAUCCCCGGCUUGGUGAAAGACUGCCUGGAUCACACGGUGCUGCCCAUGGACGGGGCGACGCUGGCAGAGGCCAUGCACCAGAGGGGCAUCAACAUGCGCUACCUGGGCAAAGUUGUCAACUUCAUCGCCAAGACCCCUGGCCGUGCGCAGCUGGAUCACAUUUUCAAAAUAGGAAUCAGUGAACUGAUCACUCGAUCGGCUAAACACAUCUUCAAGACGUACCUCCAGGGCGUGGAGCUGUCGGGUUUGUCAGCCGCCAUCAGCCACUUCCUCAACUGCUUCCUGAGCUCCUUCCCAAACCCCAUUGCCCAUCUUCCCGCUGAUGAGCUGGUCUCCAAGAAAAAGAACAAGAAAAGGAAAAACAGGAACCUUGGGAAUGCCGAUAACACUGCGUGGGCCAGCAUGACCCCUCAGGAGCUUUGGAGGAAUAUUUGUUCAGAAGCAAAGAACUACUUCGAUUUUAGUCUUGAAUGUGAGAGUGCUGACCAAGCAGCUGAAGAGUAUAAUCUGCAGAAAAUCACUCUGCUUCGUGAAAUCUCCCUCAAAACUGGAGUCCAGAUCCUGCUGAAGGAGUACAACUUCGACAGCAGGCACAAGCCCACCUUCACAGAAGAGGAUAUUCUCAACAUCUUCCCUGUGGUGAAGCACGUAAACCCCAAAGCCUCGGACGCUUUCCACUUCUUCCAGAGCGGGCAAGCCAAGGUUCAGCAAGGUUUCUUGAAGGAGGGCUGUGAGCUCAUCAAUGAAGCCUUAAACUUGUUCAACAAUGUGUAUGGUGCUAUGCACGUAGAAAUCUGUGCCUGCCUGAGGCUGCUGGCUCGUCUCAACUACAUCAUGGGGGAUUAUUCAGAGGCCUUAAGUAAUCAGCAGAAAGCGGUGCUAAUGAGCGAGAGGGUCCUGGGUAUUGAACACCCCAACACGAUUCAAGAAUACAUGCACCUUGCUCUGUACUGCUUUGCAAACAGCCAGCUCUCCACGGCACUCAACUUGCUGUACCGUGCACGCUACCUCAUGCUGUUGGUAUUUGGGGAGGAUCACCCAGAAAUGGCACUCUUAGAUAACAACAUCGGCUUGGUGCUCCACGGCGUGAUGGAGUACGACCUGUCCCUGCGCUUCCUGGAGAACGCGCUGGCCAUCAGCUCCAAGUACCACGGCUCCAAGUCUUUGAAAGUUGCACUAAGCCACCACCUGGUAGCCCGAGUGUACGAGAGCAAAGCGGAGUUCCGCUCGGCGCUGCAGCACGAGAAGGAGGGCUACACCAUCUACAAGAACCAGCUUGGAGAACACCAUGAAAAGACCAAAGAGAGCUCUGAGUACUUGAAAUACCUGACUCAGCAAGCCGUCGCUCUUCAACGCACAAUGAACGAGAUUUACAAGAACGGCUCCAACGCCAACAUCAUGCCGCUGAAGUUCACAGCUCCCAGUAUGGCCAGUGUCCUGGAGCAGCUCAACAUUAUCAAUGGAAUUCUCUUCAUUCCACUAAGCCAAAAAGACUUGGAGAACCUUAAAGCAGAGGUGCAGCGACGCCAGCAGCUCCAAGAAAGCAUAAAAAGUGGUGAACAGCUGGAAGCAAAGGACAAAGCUGUGGAGGAGAAAGAGGCUGAGCCAAGCAUGCCUUCUGCUGCGAUCCCCUUAACACAGAGCUCCGCUUAACGUGUACCUCGCUUAAAAAACAAAAAAGUUUAAACCCUUUUCUGAGCCUGGGCCAGGGCCUCGGGUGCCCCUGGAGCAGCUCCUCCUCUUUUGACAAUGUUAUUGCACUGGUACAAUUAAUACACAAUGCAAAGAACUAAUCUGAGAAAUGUAAUCUGUCUGCCUGAGCUUGUGUGUGCCACGCGAGGGGAAGGUGGCCGGGCUGCGGCAGCGACCGGGGCCGCUGCGCCUGCGUGUGUGUGUGUACGUGUCGUGCGAUCUCAUCACUUAUUUCUACCUUGUACAUAUGAAUUCCAGAUGAACUGUCUCGAGGUAUGUAACAUUUCUCAGGUCAUUUUUAUGUUGACUAAGGACACUGCUUUGCUAAAACAGUACAAAACCAGCCCCAUCCACUGCUCGGUGUUCUUGUGAAAUGCGGAUUCCAAGCCAAAAGGUUGAUUUUCCCCCAGUCGGUAUCCCGGUUUGUGAGAACCACGCAGCCAUAUUUGUGUCACUCAGACGACUGAAGCCUGUAACCCGUGUGUAAGUGGGGGAUGUACAGCAUUUUCUACAUCAGGAUAUAGCCAUUGGAUUCCUUUAACCAUUUUUCUACUUUUGGUUGGCAGUUUGGUGAUUCAGUGGGGUUUUGUAACGUUCACAUUCUAAUUUUCAAGGUAAAGAUAUAGAUAGAGAUAUAUAUAUAUAUAUAUAUAUAUGAAUGAUACUCACAGUUCCACCUCUCUGCUCUGCUUGCAGCUGAGAGUACCUUAGGAUACUGUAUCCAAAGAGUGAGGGCUUGCUGUUUAAAAAGCGCACAACUUGAUUGCAAUGGAAACCCCAGUGCCUGGGAGCGCCUGGGAGCGCCACAACUGCCCUGCAAUACUGAGCGGGAACUCCUGGCCCUGUUAAAAGAGGGGGAGGAAAGUCAGAACCAACAGGGACUCGAUCCCAUGGGCAAGAGCAGUUGUAACCCCGAGCUGAUGGACUUCAGCCUGAGGGACAAGUUGAGCCAGCUCAGCCAGGAGUUUCCCACAACCUGAAAUUACUGGGCUGAGGGAAGAGAGUUUAAAUAAAAACUAAGAAUUCCCACAGCACUGAAACCUGUGGCUAGUAUCUUAACUCUUUGUGCACACUGGCUUUGAGGUUGUUGCCAGGGAGCUUCCAUUGCUGGUGAUGGACGUUACUGACAUGGCAGAUGCCACUGAAUGAACCCUGGUGUCCCCCCCGUCACGGGGUCCCGUGGUGGGCGUUGGGGCCAGGCCAGGGGUGCCGACAGAGCUGAAUGUCCUUUUCCCAAGCAGAACAAGCUGUAGAACGAGGAGCUGCCGGUGCGCAGCUGGCACCGUCUCUCCCUCUGUCGCGUUGUCUGUCUGUGCUAAUUCGCGUUGCUUCUUUCACUGACCUGCGGGAGAAAUGAGCUGUCCCUGUGCGCCAUGGCAGGGAUCUGUAACUCGCUGGGGACAGCGGGGAGCAGCCUCCAGGUUGUGAGCCGUGACAAAGCAGGAGGAGUCCUUACUGCAAAAGAACUUGCUCCUAUUAGAAAAAUUCUGAAUUUCCUGGAAAGCAAUCAAUAAACGACUACAGUGCAUCUUUCCUACAAGAUUCUUCUUUUACUAGUCUCUUUCAGUCCAUUAAAAGCUUUUUAAACUA